AACGCAAACAGGGAGUGCAGGAACCACUAGCAAUAAGGGAAAGAGAAGGAAGCAGACAGGGAUCGAAGAAAGUUUUUAUACUGAAAAUCGUCAGCAAGCAGAUGCUCUCAUUGCAAGGAUGUUCUAUUCAGGCGGUGUUCCAUUCAAUUUGGCAAGAAAUCCAAAUUACAUAGCUGCUUUCAAAUUUCUUGCAAACACAGAUUUGGAUGGGUAUGUUCCUCCUGGAUAUAACAAGCUGAGGACGACCCUUCUCCAGCAUGAGAAAAUUAAUGUUGAGAAGCUGCUGCAACCAUUCAAGAGUACAUGGUCUACAAAAGGGGUGACUAUUACAUCUGAUGGCUGGACUGAUGCUCAACGACGCCCACUCAUCAACUUUAUAGCAAUAAUUGAGGGUGGCCCCAUGUUCUUAAGAGCUAUUAACUCUGAAGGAGAGGUCAAGAGGAAGGAAUACAUUGCUGAAAAAUUGAUCGCCGUGAUUGAAGAAGUAGGAGCAAAAAACGUGGUCCAAGUGGUGGCAGAUAAUGCUGCAAAUUGCAAGGGUGCUGGGAUGAUUGUUGAACAGAAGUACAACCACAUCUUUUGGACCCUAUGUGUUGUACACAAUUUGAAUUUGGCACUGAAGAACAUUUGUGCUGCAAAAAACAAUGAUGGUGAAAAUGAUGAGCUCAUGUGGAUCAAGGAAACUGUGGAUGAUGCCUUCAUGAUCAAGAACUUUAUAAUGAAUCACAACAUGCGGCUAUCAAUGUUCAAUGAGUACAGUGACCUUAAGUUUCUUGCUAUUGCUGAUACAAGGUUUGCAUCACAUAUCGUCAUGCUUAACAGGUUCCUUCCUCUUAAAGAUUCUCUUUUGCUAAUGGUGGUUAGUGACAAGUGGGCAGCUUAUAGGGAAGAUGAUCAGGGCAAAGCAAGAUUUGUGAAAGGAAAGGUGCUUGAUGACUUAUGGUGGGACACUGUUAAAUACAUUGUUGAUUUCACUGAGCCAUUUUAUUCAAUGCUAAGGGCAGCAGACACUGACAAGCCAUCUCUCCAUUUGAUUUAUGAGAUGUGGGACACAAUGAUAGAGGCAGUUAAAGUUUGCAUAUAUCAACAUGAGAGAAAGUCACAUGAUGAAGAAUCUACCUUCUAUGACAUUGUUUAUGCCAUUUUAUAUGAUAGGUGGCUUAAAAGCAAUACACCUCUCCACUGCUUGGCACAUUCUCUCAACCCUAGGUACUAUACUGAAAAGUGGUUUUCUUUAGUUCCUAAUCGUGUACGUCCCCACGAAGAUACUGAAGUUUCGGACAUGAGAAACAAAUGCUUUAGGCCCCAUCUAAAUAGCAAAAUGGCUAAGGUCGAAGUGUAUGGUAGUGGUGGUCAAGUUUUUGAACGUAGUAACCAAAUGCCGAGAAUAUGGUGA